UUCAGUCGAGACGUCGAGAGUAUAUCCUAGAGAGUAGGACGUAGGUAUAAAAAUAAACGCGUCGUCGUCACUCGUCAUCGCGAUUCAAAAAAACCUUUGAUUUCUUUGGAAGCGGGCAUAUAUUGUAACAACCCAAACGUCAUCAGCAUCAACCCUACGAGGCAAAACAAAUUACAGGUUACAGUUGCUGUAAUAGAGCAAAAAAGAGAAAACACGAAAGAGGACACUUUUGGAAAAUUGACAGCUGCCUAGGGAGCAACAAGCAUUAUAUAUCUGUAAGCACAACAACGGGUAGGUAUAGGAUUGCUCAGCUGUUUUGAUGUUUUGAAAGAGCCUCUUUCUUCGAUCGUUGCCUCGUGCAUGCGUGCAACAAGGAGAGGUUGAUUUACCGUGCGUGUGGCCGUGUGCUCUCGACUCUCGACUUGAUUAAACUACAGCGUCAGAGCUGGAUGUCCUGUCUUGGCUCCAAGAGAAGAGUGGCAUCACAUCACACUGCAGACUUGCUUCAGAGUUAAAAAUCACCUAUCACGUUAAGAUUUUCAAUUUGACGCAAACAUUGAAUUAGAGCCCUCUGCACGCAUUUUAUGGAUUGACACAUUUAUGACACGUUGACGUCGUGUUGUGAGUUGGAAAUUUGGAACGGUGGAACCCCAUAUACUAUACAACACUUAUUUAUCAAAGCAGCGCAGUUUCUAUAUAUAAUAUCGCAAUUGCAACGAACAAAGAUACAGCACUUUCAGAUCUCGGAUCAUCGGAGGGAGCCGCACACCUACACAGUGUAUAUCUAGUAGUAACGUGCACCCUUUAUAUAAAAAGGAGUUGGUGCGGAAAAAGAGGAAAGCAGUUAAAAGCAGACAGCUAGAGCAGAGGGGCCACAGAGAACGGGAAGAGAAGUGAAGAGAGAGCGUAUAGAGGUAGGCUGUGCUGUGAAUAUUGUGAGAGAGCUGUAAGUCGCUUAUAUUAUCAGAAGAGAGAGCCCCAUAUACUUACUUGCUGCAAACCUGUCAUUCCCGGAGGAAGAAGUAGUGUCGGACGAGUUUCGACACCUCGUCAGCCGUAACAAUGAGUGAACUCAAUCCCGAGGAGAUAAGAAGGCGGCGCUUGGCACGCUUGGCCAGCCUUGACACCACUCGUACCCCUCCUAGUGGUUCACCUUCUGCAACGACAUCUCCGGAAAAUGGAGUUCCAAGCUCGCCAAGUGCUCUCCAGUUGCAGCCACCCAGCGCGGCUGUUUCGCCAUCUGUGGAUCCGACUCCUCCACAGCUCCCUGAAAAGGAGACACCCAUGGAGGUUGAGGAUAGCAGUGAGAAACAGUGCAAUUCAUCCGGAGUCGAUGUAGAUUCUGGAAUCGAAAACAUGGAAGUCGAUGACUCAGAUCGAAGAGAAAUACCCCCGAGAUCGAGGACAACAAGCUCGAGCUCGUCGGAAGUUACAGUCGAACAAGUUCACGCCAUCGUGUCACGAGUGCUUGCGGUCUCGUGGAAAAUGUCGACAGAGGGAACGAUAUAUCUCCCCGACACGGCCAAAAAUGCAGAUUCUUUCAACAGCACGGAAAUCGCCGAUCUCACCAGUCAAGCGAUCAUGGAGGUUCUCUUUAAAUUCUCCAGCGGCGAAGAUCCGCUGAAAGAUAUUGCUGUAGACGUAUCUCUCGACUGUAAAGAUAAUCCGAGCAAUCUCUCCACUCCAAUGCAAAGUCCGGUUACAACACUCCCGGUGGAUCCGUCAACUUCGAGUCAGCCUGACGUUACACCGAGCGACCAGUCACCCGAACCAAAAAGCAUUGUUUACUUGUUAGAUUGCUACGCUCGAGUUGCCGCUGAAGAAAAAAAUCAUCCCAAGCGAUCGAGUGUGCCACCAUUGUCUGACGUGUUUGCAACACUACGUGCGCAAUGCGUGCAGCACGUCAGUCUUCUUCUCCAAGGCUACCUGCCCUCGGACCAGGCCAGCCAGCCGUCCUCGUCCUGCAAGUCUGCUCUGCUUCCCUACGUUCUCAAACAAAAAUUACCUCGUGGCUUUCUCCACGAGCUGGUCGCUCGCACGCACACCGAUUCCGAGGCUUUCUCUGGAAUCUUUUCCCCACUGUUGCAGAGCCUUUAUUUAUCGAUGCAGAGCGCCAGUUUUAUCGGAAAUACUCAUAGAUGGCCAAUCGAGGCGCUCGAGGAGCUUGUAGAAAUACGUUGUGGACCUAACGGUAACGUAAAACCGAUUUGCAAGUUGAUCACGAGUCAGGUGCAAUUUAUGCCCGAAUGCGUGACUCCGGCAACUGGCAGGGAAAUCGCCAGAACCUCUUUCUUGGGACCUUUCCUCAACGUUUCCAUAUUUGCCCAGGAUCAGCCAAAGGUGGCUGACAAAUUCUUCAGUGGCAACAGCUGCAGUGACAAAAUGAUGACUGUCACCCUGCAAAAAGAGCUCGAAAGUAUCAGGGCUGCUCUACACAAAAUAUUUCACGCCAUUCUCCAGAACAGCGCAUGCCGUGAACACACAUUGAAAUACAUUGCUUGUUUGAUUCGCAACAACGAGAAGCGGUCACAAAUUCUGACUGACGAGGCUCUACUAGCCCCCGACGGCUUCUUCAUCAAUCUUCUCUCAGUUUUGCAGCUACUCUCCAUUAAAAUCAAUGUCGAUAACAUAGACUACAUGUAUCCUUUCCAUCCCUCGUCGCUCUUGGAUGUAACUAAUGAGACAAAAUUGAAACUUACUUCCCAAGAGGUUACCGAUUGGCUUGAAGAAAUCCAAAAAAAUGGCCACACAUGGAGUAAAGUGAAAUUUUCGACGCAUUGCUGGUUCUUCACACUACACUGCCACCACAUAGGUCUCAUACCAACUCUACAAAAGUAUCAGGAAAAACUCAAGCUCAUGCGCGAAGUGCAAAAAAAGGUGGAUGAGCUGCAGGCGACAGAAUCCCAGUGGAAGGAUUCGGUUCACGCACCACAAAAUAAAGAACUAAUCAAGCGUUGGAAAUACCAGCUCAAACGAUUAACCAAAUUUAAAGCUUGCGCCGAGGCAGUUCUGCUCGAUCCGUUUCUUUUACGUAGAUCGCUGCACUUUUACACCUCCGCGACUGAGGUGUUAUUGAAAUUGCUGACCGGUGUCAACAGCAUCGGUGAACUGACAUAUGACGAUAAUUUAGUUAAUAUUCUGAGCAACCGUUCCGAGACGCCGAAAAUUUUCACUGCCCUACCAGAGUGGUACAUCGAUGAUAUCGCCGACUUCUUAAUAUUUUUGCUCCAGUUUGGUUCAAAUAUAUUAGACAAAAAUCUCGAUUCCAUUAUCAUCUCAUGGCUAUUAGUGUUGAUAUGUGCUCAAGACUGCAUGAAAAACCCCUAUUUGGUAGCUAAAUUAAUCGAAGUUUUAUAUUUACUUAACGGAAAAGCUGAAAACACAAACAACCAGAUAAUGGGUCAUCCACUUUCGAGUUUAGUGCUGCCCUCGACUCUCAUGAAAUUCUAUACAGACGUCGAGACAACUGGAGCUUCGUCCGAAUUUUAUGACAAAUUCUUCAUUCGUUACCACAUUUCCAUCAUCUUGAAAACGAUGUGGGGAAACGAGGUGCACAAGGCCGCUAUAAUACGUGAAAGCUCGAACGGCAAGCAGUUUGUCAAGUUUAUCAACAUGCUGAUGAACGACACGACUUUUUUGCUCGACGAGUCACUCGAAGCGUUAAAACGUAUCCACGAGGUCCAGGAAAUCAUGUCCGACCAGGCAGCCUGGGCUGCGCUACCUCAAGAACAGCAACAGUCGCGUACACGGCAACUGGCAACUGACGAGCGACAAGCCAAAUCUUACAUGAUGUUGGCUCGAGAAACAGUUCAGAUGUUCCACUAUCUCACAGUCAAAAUCACGGAGCCCUUCCUCAGGCCUGAGCUGGCCAACAGACUGAGUGCUAUGUUAAACUUCAAUUUACAACAACUUUGUGGGCCAAAGUGCAACAAUUUGAAAGUCAAGAAGCCACAAAAGUACGCUUGGGAGCCGAGAAUUUUGCUUAGCAACAUUGUGGAUAUCUAUUUGCACCUUGAUUGCCAAAAGUUUGCAGCAGCUCUUGCAAACGACGAGAGAUCGUUUUCGAAAGAAUUAUUUGCCGAAGCAGCAAAACGAAUGGAGAAAUCGGGUAUCAAGUCGGCAGCAGAGAUUGAGCGAUUCGUUGCUCUCGCGGAACAUGCAUCCCAGAUACAAAUCGAUAACAGGGCGCGCGAAGAGGACUACAACGAUGCGCCCGAUGAGUUCAAAGAUCCGCUUAUGGGUACGAUUAUGGAGGAGCCAGUGAAACUACCAUCUGGUAUCGUUAUGGACAAGGACGUCAUCAUCCGACAUUUGUUAAACAGUGCGACCGAUCCAUUCAGUAGGCAACCUCUUAGCGAAGAUAUGCUUGCACCCGUUGACGAUUUAAAAGCAAAAAUUUCAGAAUGGAAACAGCAAAAGAAUACUUCAACCGGUGUCUAAAUCAUCACCAAGAUGCUGUAUUGAAGAAAAACGAACUGAGUGUGUGAUGCAUAAAAAAAAUAAUGAUGGAGUGACGAAAUUUUUUGCUCGUCCAAAAAUGAGGUAUCAUGCAAUCACAAACAGUGCAUUUUUUUUCAUCUUGAUAGAUGAACAAAACAGAAGAACAAGGCACGCGAUCUCUCUUGUUUGUGCUGCAACUAAAAUCAUGAUAAAUUUGCCGGUUUUUUUGUAAUGUGUGAAAAAUAAUGGAUAAACACAUAUUGCAAACUUGAGCUAAAAACUGCCAAUAUUACUCGAAUCGCAAAUAUAAAGAAAAAUUUAGAUUUAUGUAAAUAUUAAGGCUAGGCUAGAUGCGUAAUAGAUUAUAAUAAAUUUAUUUAGUCAUAAAUGGUUUAUUUCGUGAAACAUUCGAAAAAAAAUUAUGGUGAGAUAGGUGUUUAUUUGAUUUUCGAAGAUUGAGAACAUUUCUCGAUCUAUUGUACAUUAUUUUUUUUUAUAUUCAUGUAUAAAUAAUUAUAAAAAGUCAAAAUAUCUUUCAUUUAAGGAAAAUUACGUAUGACAAGCUAACAUACCGAAAAAUUUAUCAUUAUCAAAGAUUCAGUUUUUUAUCGAUAUUUACUUUGAAUUUUUGUUGAAUUUAUUUUAUAUC